GCGACGUCCCCCUGCGCCGCCUCACCGCCCAGCCAUGUCGGCGGCCAUCUCUGCCGCGGAGAAAGUGGAUGGCUUCACACGGAAAUCGGUGCGCAAGGCUCAGAGGCAGAAGCGCUCGCAGGGCUCCUCGCAGUUCCGCAGCCAGAGCAGCCAGGUGGAGCUCUCGCCGCUGCCCCAGCUCAAAGAUGCCACCUCCAAUGAACAGCAAGAUCUUUUUUGUCAGAAGUUGCAGCAGUGUUGUGUUCUCUUUGACUUCAUGGACUCUGUUUCAGACCUGAAAAGCAAAGAAAUUAAGAGAGCAACACUGAAUGAACUGGUUGAAUAUGUUUCAACAAAUCGUGGAGUGAUUGUUGAAUCAGCUUACGCUGACAUAGUGAAAAUGAUUAGUUCUAAUAUUUUCAGAACACUUCCACCUAGCGAUAACCCUGAUUUUGAUCCAGAAGAAGAUGAGCCAACUCUUGAAGCCUCAUGGCCCCACAUACAGUUGGUGUAUGAAUUUUUCCUAAGAUUUUUGGAAAGCCCGGAUUUUCAGCCUAGCAUUGCAAAGAGAUACAUUGACCAGAAAUUUGUACAGCAGUUACUGGAGCUCUUUGAUAGUGAAGACCCACGAGAACGUGAUUUCCUAAAGACAGUUCUUCAUCGAAUUUAUGGAAAAUUCCUUGGUUUAAGAGCGUUCAUCAGGAAACAGAUCAAUAACAUUUUCCUCAGGUUUAUAUAUGAAACAGAGCACUUCAAUGGCGUUGCUGAACUUCUUGAGAUAUUAGGAAGUAUUAUCAAUGGUUUUGCACUGCCACUGAAAGCGGAACACAAACAGUUCCUUAUGAAAGUUCUGAUUCCCAUGCAUACUGCAAAGGGAUUAGCUUUGUUUCAUGCACAGCUCGCCUAUUGUGUUGUACAGUUCCUGGAGAAAGAUACGACUUUAACAGAGCCUGUAAUCAGAGGACUGCUCAAAUUUUGGCCGAAAACUUGCAGUCAGAAAGAGGUCAUGUUUUUAGGUGAAAUUGAAGAAAUCUUAGAUGUAAUAGAGCCGACACAAUUCAAAAAAAUAGAAGAGCCUUUAUUUAAGCAAAUAUCCAAGUGUGUGUCAAGUUCGCAUUUUCAGGUUGCAGAAAGAGCUUUGUACUUCUGGAAUAAUGAAUAUAUUCUUAGUCUGAUUGAAGAGAAUAUUGAUAAAAUUCUACCAAUUAUGUUUGGUAGCUUAUAUAAGAUCUCCAAAGAACACUGGAACCCAACCAUCGUGGCACUGGUAUAUAAUGUGCUGAAAACACUGAUGGAAAUGAAUGGCAAGCUUUUUGAUGAACUUACCAGCUCAUAUAAAGCAGAAAGGCAAAGAGAGAAAAAGAAAGAAUUGGAACGUGAAGAGCUGUGGAGAAAGCUAGAGGAGUUAAAGCUGAAGAAGGCUAUGGCAGAGAAGCAGAACAGCACCCACAACGUGCUCAAUGCACACAAUACAAGUGCCAAAUAAAAGAAAUGACAGCCUCCACUCGGCAGACAUACUUUUUUGUACCCUUUUGAAAUACGUAAAAAUUUGCAAAAUAAACCUCAUCAGUACAGUAGAAACAGCCAACUUUUCUCUGGCUAAAUGUAAAUGAAAAGAUUUGAAUUUCAAUACAGCAUUUAAGUAAGUGAUGUCAUUACCACAGCAUAUUGUAAAUUUGUCUAAUUAUCGAUAUCCUGUCACUUCCAACGUUUCAUAGAACUGAAUUAUCAUCCUUAAUGAGUGAAAUAAUUAUGGGAGUGGUGAGAAUUAUGACUUGAAUUUUUGAUUGUGUUGCACAUAGGUGGUAUAGUUUGCUAUGUACAUUUUUUCCUUGUUUUAUAUGUGCUUUUCACAUCGCUGCAUACCUUGGUGAAGAUGAUAGAAAAGGCUUCUAGCGGCGCUGUAUUUUCUAAAAUAAAACCGAGGUACGUUACCAGGAGCAUGAGACACGCGGUGUGCCUCCCUCGCAGCACUGGGAGGAACUCUCACGUGGAGCUGUUCUUGAAUUCCUGACUGAAUUCAGAUUUAGAUUUUUGUAUAAGGUCACUUAGCGUGAGACAAAAUAGGGAGAGGAGGUCAGCUUGAACAGGUCAGGAUGGCCCACGCGCUUGAUGACACGCAAUGAGUGCCUCUACACUCUUCUCCCUGCCUCUUGAUCCUGGGCCUACUUAAAAUUUCCUCCUGCUGCAGCUGAGGAUGGAGCUUCCCUUAGAGAGCCCGUCAGCGAUGCUCCCGCUCAGCCUACAGAGGGCUGCGGAACAGCGCAGUUCUCCUGGCUGCUCUCCAUCUCUUGUGGCCGUUUCUGCAUUAGUUUUAGCACCUUGUGGACAGCAGAGCAAUACCAAAAGGGGAAUCUUUCUCCUCUUAGUAAGGAGGAAAGGCUGUCAGUAACUAGUUCCUUGUUUUAUUUAAAGAAAAUGCAGUCCACUUCUUGAAAGUGGAAAGUUGACUAUGGAAGUCUUGUCUGUCACCUGAUCAAGUAUUUUUCACAUCUUUUAUCAGAGUACCAUUCCAAUCUCUUAAAUUGCAGUUGUGUGGAAAACUUUUGUAAUGAAAGAUCUUUGGGGAAUUGAGCAGCAUUCAAUAAAGUCUUUAUGUUUGUAUUUA